UUCAAGGGAGAAGACUCUUACCUCUCCUCCAUUUCCGGUCAAUUUUUCCGAGUUUGGAUUGUAUCGUGGCAAAAUGUUUGGAGAUUGUGUCCUAAUUGUUGCAAUUUCAAUAUGUACAGCACUUUUAGGAGAAGGGUUAACAUGGUUAUUGGUUUAUAGAACUGAAAAAUACAAAAAGUUGAAGGCUGAGGUUGAAAAACAGAGUAAAAAAUUGGAAAAGCAAAAAGAAAUAGGUGGAGAUGUAUCUAAUAAGAAAAAAUUUGAGAGACAAGAAGAAAAAUUAAAAACCAAUAACAGAGAUUUAUCUUUUGUGAAAAUGAAGUCAAUGUUUGCUAUUGGUUUUGCAUUCACAGCUCUCCUUAGUAUGUUUAACUCUAUAUUUGAUGGUCGAGUGGUUGCUAAGUUACCAUUUCUACCUAUUUCAUUAAUCCAGAAUUUAUCUCAUCGUAAUUUAGGUGGUGAAGAUUAUACAGAUUGUUCCUUUAUAUUUCUCUAUAUCUUGUGUACUAUGUCAGUUAGACAGAAUAUUCAAAAGAUGUUGGGACUUGCCCCAUCCAGAUCUGCCAAUAAACAAGGAACAGGUUUUUUUGGAGCUCCAACUCAAAUGGGAAAAUAAAUUGAUGGAAAACUGUUAGGACACAUAUCCAGUGUAUUGUGAAAUCAUUAAUUGUUUAUGUCCAUCUGUAGACAUUUUGUAAUUGGUCAUUAUGUUAUGAAUAAGCGUAAAAUUCAUUUAUAAAUGUUGAUUUUAAUAAAUUAUCAUCAUUCCUACCAACUGCCAGUAUCAUAGUUAUUGUUUUAGUUUAAAUAUGGCAAUAUUCUGUUAAAAUAAAUAACUACCCAGAAUUUUAUUUACUGAAACUAUCUCUAGUUGAUAUUAUUUGUUUAGAAGUAAUGCCACUCGUAUUAGGGAUUAUCAUAAUGGAACAAUUUUAUCAUUUUCAUAAUAAAUAUUUUUUAUUUAAUUUAAA